AUGGCUAAAUCAUUAAAUAUCAUCAUCAGCUCAGACUUAUUUUGCAAGUUCAGAUAUUUUAUAUAUUUUUCUCCCUGUAUAUCUAUCUAUCUAUCUAUCUAUCUAUCUCAUUCUGUUCAUAUCUAUCUAUCUAUCUAUCUAUCUAUCUAUCUAUCUAUCUAUCUAUCUAUCUAUCUAUCUCAGUCUUUUCAUUAUCUAUCUAUAUAUCUCAUUCAGUUCAUAUUCAUCUAUCUAUCUAUCUAUCUAUCUAUCUAUCUAUCUAUCUAUCUAUCUAUCUCAUUCUGUUCAUAUCUAUCUAUCUAUCUAUCUAUCUAUCUCAUCUAUUUCACAUCUUUCACAUCUAUCUAUCUAUCUAUCUAUCUAUCUAUCUAUCUAUCUAUCUAUCUCAUUCAGUUCAUAUUCAUCUAUCUAUCUAUCUAUCUAUCUAUCUAUGCUUUUUUUUUUUUUAUCUAUCUCAAUUUUUCACAUCUAUCUAUCUAUCUAUCUAUCUAUCUAUCUAUCUAUCUAUCUAUCUAUCUAUCUAUCAGUUUGUAUGCCGCUAUCUAUCUGUGUACUUAUCUAUCUAUCUAUCUAUCUAUCUAUCUAUCUAUCUAUCUAUCUAUCUAUCUAUCUAUCUCAGCCUGUUCAUAUCUAUCUAUCUAUGUAUCUGUCUCAGUCUGUUCGUAUCUAUCUAUCUAUCUAUCUAUCUAUCUAUCUAUCUAUCUAUCUAUCUAUCUAUCUACCAGUUUGUACGCGUCUAUCUAUCUGUGUGCUUAUCUAUCUCAAGCUUUUCAUCUAUCUAUCUAUCUAUCUAUCUAUCUAUCUAUCUAUCUAUCUAUCUAUCUAUCUAUGUCUGUUCGUAUCUAUCUAUCUAUCUAUCUAUCUAUCUAUCUAUCAGUUGUACGCGUCUAUCUAUCUGUGUGCUUAUCUAUCUCAAGCUAUUCAUCUAUCUAUCUAUCUAUCUAUCUAUCUAUCUAUCUAUCUAUCUAUCUAUCUAUCUAUCUCAGUUUGUUCAAAUCUAUUGCUAUCAUCGUCCCUUCAUUUCCAUCUAUAUACCUAAUAUUUUACUGCCGUUAUGAAAAUAUAAAAAAAUUGCAUAUCUAUCUAUCUAUCUAUCUAUGUCUGUUCGUAUCUAUCUAUCUAUCUAUCUAUCUAUCUAUCUAUCUAUCUAUCUAUCUAUCUAUCUCAGUCUGUUCGUAUCUAUCUAUCUCAGUCUGUUGGUAUCUAUCUAUCUAUCUAUCUAUCUAUCUAUCUAUCUAUCUAUCUAUCUAUCUAUCUCAGUCUGCUGGUAUCUAUCUAUCUAUCUAUCUAUCUAUCUAUCUAUCUAUCUCAGUCUGUUCGUAUCUAUAUAUCUAUCUCAGUCUGUUCUUAUCUAUCUAUCUAUCUAUCUAUCUAUCUAUCUAUCUAUCUAUUCCAGUUUAUUCAUAUCUAUCUCAGUUCCCACCUACCUACCUAUCUAUCUAUCUAUCUAUCUAUCUAUCUAUCUAUCUAUCUAUCUAUCUAUCUAUCUAUCUGCCAAGCAAAGCUUGGUUCUUCCCAAUUCAAUUCUAUUUUUAUGGCGACCGCGAAAGAUUCCGAAGCCUCUCUUUUCUUUUCUUUCCUUUUCUUAUCAACUUCUUUUCUCUCUCUAUCUCUCCCGCUAUUUCUCUUACUCUCUCUUUAUAUCUAUCUAUCUAUCUAUCUAUCUAUCUAUCUAUCUAUCUAUCUAUCUAUUUCUCCUUCUUUCUCUCUCUAUCUAUCUCUUUCUCUCUCUCUAUCUCUAUGUCUUUCUUUCUCUCUCUAUCUCUUUAUCUAUUUCUCUCUCUAUUUAUUUCUAUCUAUCUAUCUAUCUAUCUAUCUAUCUAUCUAUCUAUCUAUCUAUCUCUAUCUUUCUUUCUUUUUUCUUUCUUUCUGUACCUCUCUCUCUAUCUAUCUAUGUAUUCUCUUUCUCUCUCUAUCUAUCUAUCUAUCUAUCUAUCUAUCUAUCUAUCUAUCUAUCUAUGUAUUUCUCUUUCUCUCUCUAUCUCUCUCUCUAUCUAUCUAUCUAUCUAUUUCACUUUCUCUCUCUCUCUGUCUUUCUUCUCUCUAUCUAUCUAUCUAUCUAUCUAUCUAUCUAUCUAUCUCCUUUCUUUCUUUCUUUCUUUCUUUCCCUCUCUCUAUUUAUCUAUCUAUUCUCUUACUCUCUUACUCUCUCUCUCUCUAUCUAUCUAUCUAUUUCUCUUUCUCUUUCUCUCUCUCUAUCUUUCCUUAUCUAUCUAUCUAUCUAUCUAUCUAUCUAUCUAUCUACUUUUCAUCCUUCCUGCUUUCAAACACAUUAUUUUAAAUCUUCAUCAUACUUUCAUCCAUUCUUUCUUUCCAUUCCUUCAUUCUUUUCAGCCUUCCCAUCAUUCCUCCUCCUUUCCAUUCUUUAAUCCUUCUUUCUUCUUUUUAUCUUCCCAUCUUAUUUUCUUCAUUGCUUUCAGUCUUUUCAUUUUCAUCAUUCUUUUCUAUUCUGCUUCCUUUUCGUUCGUUCCUUUGUUCCUUCUUUCCCGCCUUCCUUCCU